AUGACGUCCCGACGCGACUUUCUGAGCCAGCCGGCUCCGGAAAACUACGUCGCCGGUCUGGGUCGAGGUGCCACCGGCUUCACCACCCGAUCCGAUCUUGGACCUGCCCGUGACGGCCCCAGCGAAGACCAGAUCAAGGAGGCGCUCGCGAAGCGCGCCGCGCAGCUGGGCCUCGUCCCCGACGGAAAGAAGGGCAAGGAGAAGGAGGAAGAGGAGGACGACGAGCGGUACCAGGAUCCCGACAACGAAGUAGGAUUGUUCGCCGGCGGAGUCUACGACAAGGAGGACGAGGAGGCAGAUAAGAUCUGGGAAUGGGUGGACGAGCGAAUGGACCGGCGGAAACGGCAGCGGGAGGCGCGCGAGCAGGCCGAGCGGGAGGAGUACGAGAGGAACAACCCCAAGAUCCAGCAGCAGUUUUCGGACCUGAAGCGCGCGCUGGCCACCGUCUCGGACGAGGACUGGGCCAACCUGCCCGAGGUGGGAGACCUGACCGGCAAGAACCGGCGGAGCAAGCAGGCGCUGCGGCAGCGAUUCUACGCGGUGCCGGACAGCGUGCUUGCGGCGGCGAGGGACGCGGGAGAGAUGGGCACGACGGUCGUCGACGAUGGGGCGGCGACGAGCACGACGGACGCAUCCGACGGCACGAUGACCAAUUUCGCCCAGAUCGGUGCCGCCCGUGACAGGGUGCUGAAGUCGAGGCUGGAGCAGGCGUCUCAGACGGCCGGCGGCGAGUCCGUUAUUGGAAGCUCGACCAGCAUCGAUGCGCAGGGAUACAUCACGAGCCUCAACAAGAUGCAGGUCAACGAGUCACAGGCCCAGGUCGGCGACAUCAACCGAGUGCGAGAACUACUUCAGUCUGUCGUCAAGACGAACCCGAACAAUGCCCUGGGCUGGAUCGCGGCGGCUCGACUGGAAGAGCUGGCAGGCAAGAUUGUGGCGGCGCGGAAGACGAUCGACCAGGGAUGCACGCGGUGUCCCAAAAGCGAAGACGCUUGGUUAGAAAACAUUCGACUGAACCACGACUCGCCAAACAGCAAGAUCAUUGCACGACGGGCCAUCGAAGCCAACCCUAGAUCUGUUCGGCUUUGGGUCGAGGCCAUGAGACUGGAAAACAUCCCCAGCCACAAGAAGAGAGUCAUCCGGCAGGCGCUGGACCACAUCCCAGAGUCGGAAGCGCUGUGGAAGGAGGCUGUGAAUCUGGAGGACGAUCCCGAAGACGCCAAGCUGAUGCUGGCAAAGGCUACGGAGCUCAUCCCGCUAUCCGUAGACCUGUGGCUCGCCUUGGCACGACUAGAAACCCCCGAGAAUGCGCAAAAGGUCCUGAACAAGGCUCGAAAGGCCGUUCCUACGUCCCACGAGAUCUGGAUUGCCGCUGCUCGCCUCCAGGAGCAGCUCGGUCAGGGACACAAGAGCGCUGUGAUGAAGCGAGCCGUUCAGGUCUUGGCAAAGGAGUCAGCCAUGCCCAAGCGCGAGGAAUGGAUUGCCGAGGCGGAGAAGUGCGAAGAAGAAGGCGCCAUCAUCACUUGCCAGAACAUCAUCCAGGAGACGCUGGGCUGGGGACUGGACGAAGACGAUGACCGCAAGGACACGUGGGCGGAGGACGCCAGGGCAAGCAUCAACCGAGGCAAAUACGAAACCGCGAGAGCCAUCUACGCCUACGCGCUGCGCGUCUUCGUCAACAGCCGGACCAUGUGGAUGGCUGCGGCGGACCUCGAGCGGAACCACGGAACGCGCGAGUCCCUGUGGCAGG